GGGCCAUGGAGCUAGCAGCCGGGAAUGUAAGCGAGGGCAACGCAAGCGGGCCUGAGCCCAGCGGCCCGGAGCCCAGUGGCCACGAGCCGCUGCCGCUGCUGGGCAUCGGCGUCGAGAACCUGGCCACGCUCGUGGUGUUCGGCCUUAUCUUCGUGCUGGGCGUGCUGGGCAACAGCCUAGUGAUCACCGUGCUGGCGCGCAGCAAACCGGGCAAGCCGCGCAGCACCACCAACCUGUUCAUCCUCAACCUGAGCAUCGCCGACCUUGCCUACCUGCUCUUCUGCAUCCCCUUCCAGGCCACCGUGUACGUGCUUCCCACCUGGGUGCUGGGCGCCUUCAUCUGCAAGUUCACCCACUACUUCUUCACCGUCUCCAUGCUGGUCAGCAUCUUCACCCUGGUCGCGAUGUCUGUAGACCGCUACGUGGCCAUCGUACACUCGCGGCGCUCCUCCUCGCUGCGGGUGUCCCGCAACGCGCUGCUGGGCGUCGCCGUCAUCUGGGCGCUGUCCAUCGCCAUGGCCUCGCCCGUGGCCUAUCACCAGCGCCUCUUCCUCCGCGGCUCCGGCAACCAGACCUUCUGUUGGGAGCAGUGGCCCAACCAGCGCCACAAGAAGGCCUAUGUGGUGUGCACCUUUGUCUUCGGGUACCUGCUGCCGCUGCUACUCAUCUGCUUCUGCUAUGCCAAGGUCCUUAAUCAUUUGCACAAAAAAUUGAAGAACAUGUCAAAGAAGUCAGAAGCAUCCAAGAAGAAGACGGCACAGACGGUUCUGGUGGUGGUCGUGGUGUUUGGGAUAUCCUGGUUGCCGCACCAUAUCAUCCAUCUCUGGGUUGAAUUUGGAGUCUUCCCCCUGACCCCUGCCUCGUUCCUCUUCAGAAUUGCAGCGCACUGCCUGGCCUACAGCAAUUCAUCCGUGAAUCCCAUCAUAUAUGCGUUUCUCUCUGAGAAUUUCAGGAAGGCCUACAAGCAAGUGUUCAAGUGCCCCCGUCGUACCCAGUCACCUCUCAGCAACACUAAAGAGACCAAAAGUCACAUUGACACCCCACCACCCACCAACUGUACUCAUGUGUGAAAA